AUGGCCCAGCUCUACUCUUCAGACCGUCAAAAGGCCCGGGCAGUGGACCUGACGAGCCGGCGCAGACCCAUCACGUCGUGCCUUGAAUGCUACCGCCGAAAACUGAGAUGCAAUCGAGUCAAACCGUGCAACCAAUGCUGUACCCGAAAAGCCCCUGAGCGGUGUUUCUUCAGCGGAGAAGAAUCAUCCUCCCCCACCCCCAACUACUCCUCCUCCGGCACUCCUCGCACGCAGCAGCAACUUCAAGCAGAGCAGGAGCCAUUGGAUGCCAUUGAUACAGACGAAGCCAGCCCGAUACCGGCCAGUCUGGUCCGACGAGCCGGCUACGCCGCGACACCGGACAGGCAGAGCAAUACUCUCCCUCGAUUAAACUCUCUGGAAGAUGUCUACCAAACUCCUGGGCCUACUGGCCAUGCACCACCGACUGGUCUGCCAUCUAGAGCAGAACAAGGCAAGGGCCUCCAAAAUGAAUAUUUGCGCUUGGUAGCAAGACUUCCCCCUCCGGAUGUCGUGCAUGCCCUGCUCACGGCCUGCGUGCGCGAUCUGUACUGGGCAUUCAUUCCUAUUGACGAGCAGCAUUUGAGGGUCAUGUAUCAUGACUGGCUACUUCGGCCACCUGAGAUGCAGAUGCAGGUGCUGAUGCUGAUGCGAUCGGGUUCGGACAGGAGUACUCUGCAAAGACAGAGACCAAAAGAAAAAGAACGAGAAGAAGCACUCGAACUCGUCCACUUUCCCGCAUUGCUGUUUCAGGUCCUGGCUCGGAUCCUGCAGCACUUGUCGACACACCACCCGGCCGCGAAAUCAUUGGGGGUUAAGAACGAUUCCGACUGCGCUCGCUUAUCACAGACGUUCCAUCUUGCCGGGAGUCGAUUGAUCUCGAUCCUCGGCCGGCAGAAUCCUACUUUGUGCUCGGUAGAGCAUGACCUCGUUUCUUGUUCGUGGCUGAAAGAUACAGGACGGGGCACAGAAGCAUGGCAUCGACUGGCGGAUGCAGUGAGACAAGCCCAAGAACUAGGACUGCACCGUCUCCCUCAUACUGUCGACGAAUCAGCCGACUGCUCAGACCUCUCAUCCCGGGCCCGCGAUCUUGAACGAAGGAAAAUCAUCUGGGCCCGCCUUUUCACUAUGGAUAGUUGUGCCGCCGUACUUCUAGAUCGGCCUCGGCUGCUGCACCGCGAGGAUAUCUCGACUCCAGCACCUCAGAGUUGGGGCUGUGAUAGGGACAUUCUUUCGGGCGACGACCCCAACCCCGACUCAACGGGGUCACAUAUCCACACAAGCACUCCCUACUACAACGGCGCCGGCACCACCAGAAGAGCAUGCACAGGCACAGGACCAGGAGUAGCAGCAGGAGCAGGAACAGGAGCAGCGCUCUUCCUAGCUCUAGCGCACAAGAUCCACACCAUGUUAUCCCUAUCAGCAAACGGCAUAUUCGCCCGAGACUACCACCAGGUCCUCGCCGUGCAUGGAGAGAUAUCUUCUCUGCGCGAGAAGGCGGAGACUUGGGCUUUGACGCUUCAAUCACCGCCAAUACCACUACCAAUACCAAAACCAAGCGAUCAGUCACCACCAAUACCAAUACCAAUAUCAAGCGACCAGUCACAGGAGGCAGCAGCAGCAACAACAGAAACAGCACGACUGCGCCUCACCAUGCUCCGACUAAUCUAUCUCAGCACGAUAAAUGCUGUCCUCAUGGCGCUACACCGUCCAUUCAUCGCAAGCCACGCCGCGAGCCGCUCCGCCGCGAUCACUGCGGCUCUGGACGGGUUGAAUCUGCAGCAUUCGGUCUUCGAUCUUGUCCCGUACGCGCACUCGCAGGUCAGUCUGUACGCGCCGACUCUGUCGACUAUAGAAGCGGCUGUUUUUCUGUGCGGGAUUAUGAUGGAGUUGCCUGUGCCGAAUCCGCACCCGAACGAGAACCAGAACCAGUACGCAACCCAGAACGCGAAUCCGAACCAGAAUCAAACCCAGAACCACAGUCACAGUCCAGACUUCGUCGAACCCGACCAUCGUUGCAUCCGGCACGCCAUCCUUCUAGCCCUGGGCCGCCUCGCCACCAUCAAAGACUGGAGUCCCCUAGCGGAAGCCGGCGAGCGGGUUCUCCGGCAGUUCUACCAUAAAAUCCAGGUCCAGGCUCGACACACCGAUCUAGACUGGAUUUCAUCGUCACAGGACUAUUCGAUUUCGUUGCAUGACAGAAAAGGACAACAAGGUAAAGGUCUACUUCUUGUCAGGGAAGAUACUACUAUGGAUCGACAUCAACGACAAGAACAACGACAACGACAACAACGACAACAGCGAGUCGGUAAUAAUGACACUCAUACUGAUACUGACCUUGAUCCUGAUCCUGAUAUUGAUAAUGUUAAUGAUCAGGCCAUGUAUACCGAUACCGAUAUCACGAUCCCGUCGCCCUUACAAUUCCCACGAGACAUCAGCCAGGUCCUUUGGGGCUGGUCAAGCGGCAGUGCGGCGCAAACACAAGCGCCUUUCGGGCCAGUCAGCGUCGGUGUCGGCGUCUAUCAUGGGUUUGGUUUGAAUCCAAACUCGACAUUUGGGACUGACGGCCUCUCCUUGUCUUUCUCUGGCGGUGUCGGUGUCGGCAAUCUUGAACAACUUCUCAAUCAGGACGACUUUGUUUGGCCGGACUUUUACUCCGAGUCGAUGCCGUGGGAGGAGACAGGCUGA